ACUUGUUUAUUUUUUGACAGCUACUUAACCAACUUGUUACUCCACUCCACAGGCGAGCUAAAAAGAGGUUUUUUUGAGCUUGAAAGAGGAAGGCUUUUGGCUUUCCGACGAUGGAUUAGAGAGUAGAGAGAGGGAAAAGUGGGAGAGGAAAGAAUCGCCGUUCCCAAGUCGAUGUUCCAGAUUUCACCUCCAAUUCCAAAUCCCCCGUCUCUUGUUCCAUCAGUCUCCUCGCCGGCUGGUUCCUUCCCGGACACCCCAAGGGCGCCACUCGGUUCUCAAGCUCCGGGCGACCCUGAAAGGACGCAGGCGGAUCGACAUCAGGAAUUCAGCUUCAAGUUAGUCUGUGUCUUUGGUUAUUUCCACAAUUUGGUUUACGAAUAUGUCUUGUUGUUUUAUGUGUGGAAAGGACAUUAAACAAAGUAUUGAAGGUGAGGAAGUUCCAGGAGGAAAUAAGGUGAGAACCUUUUCUUAUAAUGAGCUCAGAAAAGCUACACAUGAUUUUAGUGAGGCAAACAAGAUCGGCGAAGGCGGUUUUGGUUCUGUUUUCAGGGGAAGGCUUAAAGACGGCACAAUUGUUGCGGUAAAGGUGCUUUCUGCCACUUCAAAGCAAGGCAUCCGAGAGUUCUUUACUGAACUCACGGCAAUUUCUGAUAUUGUGCAUGAAAACCUCAUCACCUUAGUCGGUUGCUGUGCUGAAGGGUCCCAUAGGAUCCUUGUGUACAACUAUCUUGAGAACAACAGCCUUGCACACACACUGCUAGGUGACAUACCGGUCUACUACUGUGUCCUUCAUGGAUCAUAUUAUCCUUUACUACUAUCUUACUUAAGUAUGUUAUAUGGUAUUGCAGGAAAAGGUUAUAGCAGCAUUCGAUUCAAUUGGAGAGUUCGUGUUAAAAUUGCUCUAGGGGUUGCGCAUGGGCUUGCUUUUCUUCAUGAGGAAAUCCGUCCUCCAAUAAUCCAUCGGGACAUAAAGGCAAGCAAUAUUCUUCUCGAUAAGGAUCUCACCCCCAAAAUUUCUGAUUUUGGGUUGGCAAGGCUCCUUCCUCUAAAUGCAACUCAUGUGAGCACCCGUGUUGCAGGAACAAUAGGAUACCUGGCCCCUGAAUAUGCUGUCAGAGGACAAGUGACAAAGAAGUCAGAUAUUUAUAGUUUCGGUGUUUUGCUGUUGGAAAUUGUUAGUGGCAGGUGUAACCACAAUAAUAGAUUGCCUUAUGAAGACCAAUUUCUGCUUGAGAGGACAUGGAGACAUCAUGAGCAAGGGCAGCUCGAGAAGAUCAUAGAUGCAGAUCUAGAGGAUGACCUGGACGUCGAGGAGGCAUGCCGAUUCUUGAAGGUUGGCCUACUGUGUACUCAAGACGCAAUGAAACUCCGUCCCAACAUGACCAACAUCGUCCUGAUGCUGACAGGAGAGAAAGGCGUCUCCACAGAUAUGAUCACGAAGCCCGCCGUGAUUAGCGACAUGGGAGACAUCAAGGUCAACAACCAGCAGAGACCUGAUGAUACACAUUCUCCCACGAUGAGAUCCUUCACAAUCACUGAACCAUCAACAGUCGCAUCAUCUGAAGCGACAACAGAGCCAUCGCCAUGAAAAAGUACAUCCAGAAUGCAUAUCCUUUUGUUGUACAUUAUCAUGCUAGACUAGAUAGACAGUGUAUGUUCGGUUGAGUGAUGCAGAUGGUGAGAAUUUUGCAUUCCUCUUGUUUGGUUGUGUUCUGUAUGUUGUUUUGUUCUACGAAUAUUUUGCAAUUACAUUAUGGCAGAAUCAAAAUCUUACGAGUUCUCUUGAUGUUAUAUUUGAUUUUACGACUGUA